UUCACCCUGGCGGGGCGGAGGGGGGCGGGCUGCGGACGUGGCCCGGCUUCUCUCUCGCUCGCUUUCUCUCUCCGCGCCGCUAUGGCCUCUGCUCUCUGUCGCGACGCCUCCCCCCGCCCCGGCGCGGCCCGGGGGCUGCUUCUGCUGCUCGGCGCGCUGCUGUGCGCGGCCCCAGCGCGGGGCGACGCGGAGCUGGAGCGGGAGCCCGAGCUAGAUCCGCACGCGCGGCACCGCUACAGCGCCGAGAUGCUGCGCCACGCCGCCCAGAGCGCCCCGCACUUCGUCAUGUUCUUCGCUCCCUGGUGUGGACACUGCCAACGUUUGCAACCAACUUGGAAUGAUCUGGGAGACAAAUACAACAACAUGGAAGAUCCACCAGCCUAUGUUGUAAAAGUGGAUUGCACUGUAGAAAGUACAUUGUGCUCUGAAUUUGGAGUCAGAGGAUACCCCACGCUAAAGCUGCUUAAACCAAACCAAGAACCUGUGAAAUACCAAGGUCCUAGAGACUUCCAGGCAUUGGAAAGCUGGAUGCUGCAGACACUAAAUGAGGAACCUGCUGAAAGGGAGCAAGAAUCUGAUCUUCAACCACCAACUCUUCCUGAGCCUAAACAGGGAAUGUAUGAUCUCUCAGCAGCCAAUUUCAAGAUGCAUAUAGCAGAAGGUGAUCACUUUAUCAAAUUCUUUGCCCCUUGGUGUGGCCACUGUAAAGCUUUGGCUCCAGUCUGGGAACACCUGGCUUCAAGUCUCGAAUAUUCUGAAACUGUCAAAAUUGGCAAGGUCGACUGUACACAGCAUUCUGAAGUCUGCUCUGAAAACCAAGUUCGUGGAUAUCCCACCCUUCUCUGGUUUAGGAAUGGUGAAAAGGCUGACCAGUAUAAAGGAAAGAGGGAUUUGGAUUCAUUAAAGGAAUAUGUAGAUUCUCAGCUACAAAAUGCCAAGAAAGCCCCAGAGGCUGAUAAACCACCAGAAGUUCUACAAAAGCCUGCAGAACCCAUUCAUGAUGAGUCUACAGUCUUGUCUCUCUCUGAAAAAGACUUUGACCAAACCGUUGCUAAUGGGGUUACGUUUAUUAAAUUCUAUGCUCCAUGGUGUGGUCACUGCAAGAACUUGGCUCCAACUUGGGAAAACCUCUCCAAAAAACAAUUUCCAGGUUUGACAGAUGUCAAAAUAGCAAAAGUAGAUUGCACCAUCGAACAGGAUGUCUGCAGCAGAUUUUCUGUGCACGGUUAUCCAACGCUAUUGCUUUUCCGAGCAGGGAAGAAAGUCAGUGAACACAGUGGAGCCAGAGAUCUUGAAACACUGCAUAAGUUUGUUUUGCGUCAGGCAAGGGAUGAAUUGUGAAGCACACAUGGAUACUUCUGCCCUGACUGUUCUUACACAGUAACAGGGGAAGUUAAAUCAAGUUAAUGUUACCGAGGGUGUGGGGUUUGGGGUUUUUUGGUUUGUUUUUGUGGGGUGGGGGAACUGAAUGUACUGACUGCUGGUAUCUUUGUGUAUGUUUUAAAGCCAUCCUGUACUGAUUUUUUUUCAUUAUUUGUCAAGGAAAAUUGCUAACAACUAGUUACUGUGCAAAUUGAGUAUUUUCAGCAUCAGUAUUACUAAAUUUCUACCUUCCCCAUGUUGAUAGAAAUAGUUUACUUUUAGCUUAAAAUAGAUGAGGAAAAUAAGGGAAAGGAUAGACUAUUUUUGUCUUUAGGUUGAAUUUGGGUAAAGGCUUGCUACCAAAUCGUACACCAUUACUAAAAAGGUGCAAGCCACAGCUGUACUAAUCAAUGUUCCCUUUUCAACUGAAGCUGUCUUAAUAUAGCAGCUAGUCAAGAAAUGAGGUUGAAAAAGACACCCACACACACACAAACACCCCCCCGAUGGAUGAUACCAGCCAGGACACUAUUAUCUGCUUGAUUCCUGUUAAUAUUUCUCUUAUUAUGGGAGGCUUUAGCUAUAAUGAAAAUAAUGGUACUUUUAAAUAUGUGCCUGAAUAUUACUGAUGCCAUAGCAGACAUGGGGAUUGUAUCACUGUUCAAGCAGAAUAUUUCUCUUUGGUGCUAGAGGAGAGUGUGUUUGUUAGCAUGUAAAGGGGUAAAUCUCUCUUGGGAAAAUCAUUAACAUAUUUAGAGACAACUAAUUGCAAAUUACUUUCUGUAUUUUUUCUUUCCCCAUUUGCUAGAACCUCUCAUCUCCCUUAACAAGCAGAGUAAUAGUAGAGUUAAUCUGCUCCUGCUGCUUAUUAGUAAAAAAAUGCAGUUUGUUUCUCAUUUUCUUUAAAUGAGAAGCAGCAUUCCUAAAAUAGCACUGCAUUUCCUCUUGAACUCUUCCACAAUAUUCCUGUUGCUACCUUUGAAUGGAAGAACAUAAACUUUUGUUGCCUUGGAUGAUUUGAUUGUGUGAGGUCUUCUAGUACAUUAAUGCCAAAGAAAGCUAAGGGGCUAAAUUCUGUCCUCACUCACGCAUCAACUUUCAGUGACAUCUCUGGGAAUUACAUGUGUCUACAGGCAGCACUUUGUGCUGCCUUAUGUCUGUCUGUAAUAGUGAAAGUUAUCAGUAACUUACUCCUUCUACUUCACUUUAUUCCAUCUAGCAAGCACCACGCAUUCUGUUCAAACUAAAAAAAAAAGUGUAAGCAUGGAAAGUCUACCAUGAGGGCUAAGUAUUGCAUGGCAGAUGUAUUAGAUAAAAUAUAUAUACACUUCUGCCUUAAAGAAAGCCUUUAUUAAAAAUUUUUAAAACUUGAAGCACAAUCUCAUGAGUAGCCCAAGCUUUGCCUCAUGAGUUUCUUGUAUAAAAUCAAAGUAGUACAAUUGUUUACACAAACUUUCUAAAUAAAUUUUUUUAAAAAAAAA